AUGAUGACGACUUUGACUAAAGAUUUAAAUGGUAGACAAGAGGCUACUGCUCAAGAGGCAUUGGAAUUGUUGAUUGAGUUGGCAGGGAGUGAGCCUAGGUUCUUGAUGAGGCAGUUAGUGGAGGUGGUGGGGUCUAUGUUGCAGAUAGCUGAAGCAGAUACUCUUGAAGAGGGCACACGACACCUAGCCAUUGAGUUUAUGAUCACGCUAUCAGAGGCCAAAGAGAGGGCACCUAGUAUGAUGAGGAAGUUGUCACAGUUUAUCAACAGGUUGUUAUGCAUUUUAUUGCAGGUGUUGUUGGAUGUCGAGGAUGAACCUGCUUGGCAUACUGCUGAAAAUGAGGACGAAGAUGCAGGAGAGUCAAGUAAUUACAGUGUUAGGCAAGAGUACUUGGAUCGGUUGGUUAUUGCUCUAGGUGGUAAUACCAUUGUGUUGGAUUAG